AUGCAGCACCUAUUGAAACCUUCCAGGCCUGGUGGGGUUGUACACCCCCCUCUUCUUGUAACUCCCACUGGGCCCCUGACAGCAAGAAGGGAUCGUUGGGCCAAUGUCGGGGGAGACGAUCCCCAGGGGGACGGCCUCGGGACACACGAUCCCCAGAGAGACGACGCCAUGGGGAAAGCCCCCCACGCAGACGAUCCCAACGGAGAUGAUCCCACGGGGGACGAUCCCCAUGAGGGCGAUCCCCAUGAGGACGAUCCCCAGGGGGACGAUCCCCAUGAGGACGAUCCCCAUGAGGGCGAUCCCCAUGAGGACGAUCCCCAUGAGGACGAUCCCCAUGAGGACGAUCCCCAGGGGGACGAUCCCCAUGAGGACGAUCCCCAUGAGGACGAUCCGCAGGGGGACGAUCCCCACGGGGACGAUCCUUUUGGGGACGAUCCCCAUGAGGAUGAUUUCCAUGGGGACGAUCCCCCCUAG